GUCUGAGCGGUGGAGCCGCGAGCCGACCCGGCUUGGCGUUGAGGUGGGGGCCCGCUGGCGGCGGCCGGGCAGGGCAGAUGUUUCUGGACCAGAUGAAGCCUGAGGAGCCUUCCAGCUGUAAAAUAAUAGGCUAGGAAGCCUUCUAAGUGUGGAUUUGCAGAAGACUUGCCCCGCCUCUCCACACAAUGUCAGGAAACCACAUACCUUCUGCCAGUGGCCCCUUCUCAGCCCUGACUCCGAGCAUGUGGCCCCAGGAGAUCUUGGCCAAGUACACACAGAAGGAAGAGUCAGCGGAACAACCAGAGUUCUGCUACGAUGAGUUUGGCUUCCGCGUGGACAAGGAAGACGGUGCCAACCCCAGCUGCAGCAGGCUGCCAGGUGUGUCUCUGUUGGAGGACCCUCCACAGAGGCUGCGGUGGCAGGCCCACCUGGAGUUCACCCAUAACCAUGAUGUGGGGGAUCUCACCUGGGACAAGAUUGCCGUCUCUCUGCCCCGCUCGGAGAAGCUUCGCUCCCUGGUGCUGGCCGGCAUCCCACACAGCAUGAGGCCACAGCUGUGGAUGCGGCUCUCCGGGGCCCUGCAGAAGAAGAGGAAUUCUGAGCUGUCCUACCGAGAGGUGGUGAAGAACAGCUCCAAUGAUGAGACCAUUGCUGCCAAACAGAUUGAGAAGGACCUGCUCCGCACCAUGCCCAGCAACGCCUGCUUCGCCAACGUGAGCAGCAUCGGGGUGCCCCGCCUGCGCAGGGUUCUCCGCGCCCUGGCCUGGCUCUACCCAGAGAUCGGCUACUGCCAGGGCACAGGCAUGGUGGCUGCCUGCCUCCUGCUGUUCCUAGAGGAGGAGGAUGCUUUCUGGAUGAUGUGCGCCAUCAUCGAGGACCUGCUCCCUGCCUCCUACUUCAGCACCACUCUGCUGGGCGUCCAGACAGACCAGCGGGUCCUGCGCCACCUCAUCGUCCAGUACCUGCCCCGCUUGGACAAGCUGCUCCAGGAGCAUGACAUUGAGCUGUCCCUCAUCACGCUACACUGGUUCCUCACGGCCUUCGCCAGCGUGGUGCAUAUCAAGCUGCUGCUGCGCCUCUGGGACCUGUUUUUCUACGAGGGCUCCCUGGUGCUGUUCCAGACCACGCUGGGCAUGCUGCGGCUCAAGGAGGAGGAGCUGAUCCAGUCCGAGAACUCGGCCUCCAUCUUCAACACGCUGUCAGACAUACCUUCGCAGAUGGCCGACGCCGAGCUGCUGCUGGGGGAGGCCAUGCGGCUGGCCGGCUCCCUCACCGAUGUGGCUGUGGAGACGCAGCGCCGCAAGCACCUGGCCUACCUCAUUGCCGACCAGGGCCAGCUCCUGGGGACCAGUGCCACCACCAACCUCUCGCAGGUUGUGCGUCGCAGGACCCAGCGGAGGAAGUCUGGCAUCACCUCCCUGCUCUUUGGGGAGGACGACCUGGAGGUGCUCAAGGCCAAGAAUAUCAAGCAGACAGAACUGGUAGCUGACCUCCGGGAAGCCAUCCUGCGCGUCGCACGCCAUUUCCAGUGCACAGACCCCAAAAACUGUAGUGUGGAGCUGAGCCCGGACUACAGCAUGGAGAGCCACCAGCGGGACCAUGAGAACUACGUGGCGUGCUCACGCAGCCACCGGCGCCGGGCCAAGGCCCUGCUGGACUUCGAGCGACAUGAUGACGACGAGCUGGGCUUCCGCAAGAAUGACAUCAUCACGGUGCGUGGGGCGCAGGGAGCAGGCACCCCUGGGCUGUCCCACCCCGUCCCCAUUUUAGUCCCACCCGCCCGGCCAAGGGUGCAGCCGCAUGGCUGCAGGCACAGGGCCUGGGCAACCAAGGCUUUGCUUCCUCCUCUUCUCCGCCGGCCAACUGUGCAGAUCAUAUCUCAGAAGGACGAGCACUGCUGGGUCGGGGAGCUGAAUGGCCUGAGAGGCUGGUUUCCAGCCAAGUUUGUGGAAGUCCUGGAUGAACGGAGUAAAGAGUACUCCAUCGCGGGGGACGACACUGUGACAGAGGGGGUCACGGACCUCGUUCGAGGGACCCUCUGCCCAGCUCUCAAGGCCCUGUUUGAACAUGGGCUGAAGAAGCCCUCCCUGCUUGGGGGCGCCUGCCACCCAUGGUUGUUUAUCGAGGAGGCAGCGGGCCGGGAGGUAGAGCGAGACUUUGACUCGGUGUAUUCGCGCCUGGUGCUGUGUAAGACGUACAGGUUGGACGAGGAUGGCAAAGUCCUGACCCCGGAGGAGCUGCUCUACCGGGCUGUGCAGUCUGUGAACGUGACCCACGACGCCGCACACGCACAAAUGGACGUCAAGCUCCGGUCCCUCAUCUGCGUGGGGCUCAACGAGCAGGUCCUGCACCUGUGGCUCGAGGUGCUCUGCUCCAGCCUGCCUACUGUGGAGAAGUGGUACCAGCCCUGGUCCUUCCUGCGCAGCCCUGGCUGGGUCCAGAUCAAGUGCGAGCUCCGCGUCCUCUGCUGCUUCGCCUUCAGCCUCUCCCAGGACUGGGAACUUCCUGUGAAGAGAGAGGAGAAGAAGCCGCUGAAGGAGGGUGUUCAGGACAUGCUCGUGAAGCACCACCUCUUCAGCUGGGACAUAGACGGGUGAUGCUCUUCCUCCAGCGGCCCGUCAAGCCAGGCCUCCCCCCAACCUGCUGGCUACCGAGCAGCCCCUUUGUCAAGCAAGAAGAGAACAGCACAGUCCUGGCCAGGCUUGGUCUGCUUGGGGAUGGGGUCUGAGGUGGCCCGGGCCCAUUCCAAGCUGCGCGGGGGGGGGGGGGGGGUCAAGGGAAAGCGACACUGGAGCUCUGGCCAGGCAGCACGGUGAACGGGGACACCACCUGGAACACCCAGGAUGUCACUAGAGGACAGUGGGCGGCAGGAGCAGAAGGUGGGGCUGAGCCGGCUUUUCCCAGUGCCUAGGGGAGUGCCCUGCCCAGGCCCCAGUUUCAGGGUUUGUACCAGCCAAAACCUCGUGAGGAGGUGGGGCGCCAUCUCUGUUCUGUCCGUUUGUGCUCAGGAAGGGGAGGGGGUGGCCACAGGCUCUUUGGCUUGUCAAUAAAUUGUGUCCUUGGGAAACCACCUCCCGUCUUCUGUCCAGCCAGGGC